GAAUCGUAAUCGUAAUCGAAUCGUUAGGUGCCCAAAGAUUCCCAGCUCUAUGGCUUAGUGUGGCUAACCCCCCCACCCCACACGAACUCUCAUUUUGUGGUGGUCAGGCCAGCGAGUGAAAGCCGGCCAAUGUUUAUUCUGUAAAUCCUGGUUGCCCCCCAUUUUUUCCCUCCUCAGUCAAAACUUUUUGUUUCUUUUGUUGCUCUGCCAUCUUUGCAGAAUUUGCGUGAAAGCGUUCACAUUGACUUUAAAUUGAAUGGGGAAAGGGAGAAGUGACAUAUAACGUAGUCAGCACAUUUAUUGGUUUUUUUUUGUUUUGUUUGGGAGAGUUUCUACCACCCACCUCAAAGUUAAUUAGUGCCGGUGAAAGUUACCUAUAGAGACCCCCUCAAAUUAUAAAAGCGGUGUCAUUCAACUAGUUGUCAAUCGACAUAUUAAAGUUGAAAAGUUACCUAGGGUUGCUUUAAGAGAAUGAAAAAACCUGUAAAAAGAGAAAGUCGACUCCGCCUACCAUUUGCCUCGACUUUUUCUCUUCAGAACCUUAUCAAUGGCCAUUUUUGUUGCUGGCGACAGGCCUAAGUAUUAGUUCUCUGAAUGUCUUAUCAUCUUAAGACCUCAUUCACACAUGCUACAUCUGCUAAACCCUCAAGUGACAGCAAUCAUGUGAAUUACACUUCCAACAGUGAUGCAAUAAUUGUGGAAUCUCGCAUCUUAUGAGUGAGCGCAGGACUUUUGUGUGUGUGCGUGGGCGCGCAGGAAGACACAAAAUAGCAAACAGUAGAAUUUCGCAACAGUCCGUCAAAGAACUCUUAUUUGGGAGGAGAGGAGAAAGAAAAAACAAAUCGCAGAGGACAGUUUACAUCAGAGCCCAAAAAUGUCGAGCAUAUUUAUUACAUUAUGGAACCGCCAAGCAGUCAUUGUUUGGCUUUCCAACUCGAUGCCUGCCAUGUGAUUUAUGGACCUGGGUAAAUUCAAUAAUGAAUAGACCACCUACAGGCCAAAUCACCCGCAAACUACUUUUGGAAAAAUCAUUCCAGGAAAUGCAUCCUUCUGUUGAAAGUUGUCUGUGCGCUCGCUGGAAACAAGCAGAUCCCAAGAAACACGACUUUUAGAUGCCUAACAUCUCCAAGAAUAGCGAAAUUCUUUUUCCAAUGAACGACGGGCAAGACAACAGACGCAAGUGCGAGAGAAGACGCGCAAGAGCAGAUCUUUCCCGCGAUGACAUGUUAUUCUUGCUCAGUGUUUUGGAGGGAGAGCUUCAGGCGAGAGAUGAAGUCAUUGCCGUGUUGAAAUCAGAGAGGACCGACUCGGCUCUACUGAAGGCCCACUACGGUUUUAUUGGAUUGGAGGGGGCGCUACGUUCCCUGCACGGAGACUUGCUGCAGACGCGACAACAGGACCACCUACACGAUGUGUACAAAACAGCUAUGUAUGAGCUUAUGAAUUUUAUACAGUCCCAGAAAAGGUCAAACAACCUGUUGCAGGAGCAGCUUCUUGAGGUAUCCAAUGCUCACUGGUAUGCUGUUAGCAGAAGUGAAGUGCAGCAGGGAUACCACCGGGAUUUCGUUCAAAAGAAUAAGUGCUUUACGACGCUACUGGAGGACGACCAAGAGAGAUUGAAGCUCCUGAUUGUCAAGGAACGGCAAUAUCAGGAGUUAAAGGAGACUAUCCGAGAGCGAGACAUAUCGCUACUUAAAGAGGAGUUGAAGCAGUUGAAGGCUUUUGCUUCACUGCUUGUAAAGGAGCAUAAGCACUUGAAGGAGUUGCACGAAUGUCAUGUCAAAGAACUGAGCGCCAUCGCAAAAGUUAUUGACCGGGACGCCAAAGAACUUUGGCAGCCAAAUUCCAUGCAUCCAGAGGCGGAGCGACACAGUUCAGCCAGCUGCUCGCCUUACGCCAUGACAGCUCAACUAGCCGACGGUGCGGCUCAAAAUCAGCCGCUUAGACACCAACACUCCGGUGUUGGACGCCGGACAGAUGCUCUGGAAGAAACGAGAAGUUCCGCAAGGGAAAAUAAGGCAAUGCAGCAGCCCGGCGAUCGGGAAACGAGACAGCCGAGCUCUCUGUCAGAAGUGGAGGUACUGAGGCGAAGGGUGGUGGAAAUGGAAGGGAAGGAUGAGGAGCUUAUCCGCAUGAGAGACCAAUGCCGGGAUCUGGAUAGCAGACUAGUGAAGGAAACCAAAAACUGCUCUAGCCUGAAGAUUGAGGUAAAUAGGCUGAAUGGGCGAAUCAGUGAAUUAGACCGCAUUGAGGAGACUUUGGGUAAAAGCAAACAAGAGUGUUGCAGUCUGCGGGAUAGCUUGGAAAAAGAGAGGGAUGUCAGCAAGAUGCUUUCGAGCGAGGUGGACUCCCUGAAGCUCAAAGUGAGGGAGCUGGAGGCAAGUGAGCUCCAACUGGAGAAGAGCGAGGUGGCAAUCAGACAUGACCUGGCCACACUCAGGUCCCUAACGGCGGCCUUAGCAGAAGAUAGAAAGACCAUGUCGGAGAGGCUGCAGGAGGCCGAGGAAAAGCUCGGAAGGCGGGGGAGCAAAAACUCUGCAGGGAAUACUAGAGAAGAAAAUGUGGAACAAAAGAUAACAGGCAUAGCCAAAGAGAGGGAUGAGUUACAAACCAGGCUCGCGGGAGAGCAGCAGAAAAAUGUGGAGCUUGAGAGUAAAAUGUCGAUGAUGAGAAAGAGGUUACAGGUUUUGGAGAACCGGAGAGAAAAGGAGGAAAAGUACACGCAAGGCUCCAACAACGCCAGCCCUCGCUGCCAAACGGAAGAGAACAAAGCCAAACAACUCAUGUGGGAGCUGGAGAGGCUACAGAAAAGACUGCAGGACAAAGAGAUGAUGGAGAAAGAACUCAUGAAAGUCGAGGACAGCUAUGAGUCUCUGGAAAAAAGUUUCAAGGAGGAACAGAUCAAAUCCAUGUCUCUGCUCAAGGAACUCGACUUGGCCAAAAAGGAGCUUUCCAGCUACAAGCAGGCGGAAAAGCAGGACGUAAAUCAGGAGCAUCUCCUCCUUUGCCGUCUUCAGAAGGAGCAGGUUAAAUCGAGGCUGCUGGGGCGAGAGGUCAGCGCCCUCAAGGAGCAACUCCAGCAGCUGAUGGGCACGGAGGAAUCCAUUAGCAGGGUCCAAACAGAUCACUCCACGCUACAGGGUAAACUGAUGCAACAAGAAGUCCGGAACCGGGAACUCGCCCGAGAGAUGCGCGACCUUAGCAGCGAACUCGACAGAUACAGACGCUUAAAAAAUGAAGAACAUUAUCGCCCCACCAAAGAGGUCCAAACUGAACCAGCGGCCAACCUGCCUCCUGACUGCCAACUUCCCUGCAUAAUUAACGAAACAUUUAGCGAGAAACACGCUGAGGACGAUCCGAACCACAACGCCGAAGUCAUAGACAGCCGCGGCACGGCUCUCGUCAGCAACCUUAACAGCUUGAACACUGCCAACAACAUCGUGAGCCAAAACAGAAGCCAUGCAGCCAACGGAGUAAAUGUGCACCAAGCGGCUAACGGGGAUGUGAUGAUGCUCGCGCACACACCGGGGCAGCCGCUGCAAAUCAAGGUAACGCCUCAUCACAUUCUCAACACGGCCACCCUCGAGAUCAGUAGUCCUACUACGGACGCCUCGGCCUCCUACACCAGCACGGCCUUCAUCCCGUCUGGUGGAAAUACACCAAACCAAAGAAUCACCAUCAUCCAGAACAAGUCGCCGCCUUCCAGUCCCGAUCGCUCCAUCUCCCUGCUUAACGGAACACCGGUUUCUCGAAUGAUGAGUCCCAAUUCGUCCCGCUCAGCGACGCCUGACCUCCCGAUCCAGAUCUUGACGGUCAGGACGUGUUCGCCGGAACCGGCUGACCUCGGGAGUCAGGCCUCCUUUUGCAAGACGCCCGAUCGGCAGAACAGCUGGCACCACGUGUGCUCCGGCAGUCCAGACUCGAACCCUAGCAUCAUCACCACGGAGGACAAUAAGAUCCACAUCCACUUAGGGAACCCGUACCUUCCGUCGCACAGCAUGCAGCCACCCGUCGGGCCGUACUACCUUCGGCAUGAGCAGAGGACUCAAGUACUUGCAAAUGGCUGUCAUGUCAAAGGUGUCGGCAAGAUUACAAGUAGCAUUACCAUAUCUCCUGCCACGUCUCCUGCCUCACACUCCCCAAUGUAGCAGCAACCAUUUUGAUGAAGCCAAAAAUGUUUGAAUGUAUCUUGCUAAGUAUAUACUUCUUCCACUUACAUUACACCAUUAAAUCAAUACAUUUUUACAUUUACAGUGGGGCAAAUAAGUAUUUGGUCAACCACUAAUUGUGUAGGUUCUCCCACUAGAAAAUAUUAGACAGGCCUGUAAUUGUCAACAUGGGUAAACCUCAACCAUGAGAGACAGAAUGUGGAAAAAAAAACUGAAAAUCACAUUGUUUGAUUUUUAAAGAAUUUAUUUGCAAAUCAUGGUGGAAAAUAAGUAUUUGGUCAAUACAAAAAGUUCAUCUAAAUACUUUGUUAUGUACCCUUUGUUUGCAAUAAUUGAGGCCAAACGUUUUCUGUAACUCUUCACAAGCUUUUCACACACCCUUGCUGGUAUUUUGGCCCAUUCCUCCAUGCAGAUCUCCUCUGGAGCAGUGAUCUUUUGGGGCUGUCGUCGGGCAACACGGACUUUCAACUCCCUCCACAGAUUUUCUAUGGGAUUGAGAUCUGGAGACUGGCUAGGCCACUCCAGGACCUUAAAAUGCUUCUUAAGAAGCCACUCCUUUGUUGCCCUGGCUGUGUGUUUGGGAUCAUUGUCAUGCUGAAAGACCCAGCCACAUCUCAUCUUCAAUGCUCUUGCUGAUGGAAGGCGUUUUUCACUCAAAAUCUCUCGAUAUAUGGCCCUAUUCAUUCUUUCCUUUACACAGAUCAGUCAUCUUGGUCCCUUUGCAGAAAAACAUCCCCAAAGCAUGACAUUUCCACCCCCAUGCUUCACAGUGGGUAUGGUGUUCUUCGGAUGCAAAUCAUUAUUCUUUCUCCUCCAAACACGAGAACCUGUGUUUCUACCAAAAAGUUCUAUUUUGGUUUCAUCUGACCAUAACAGAUACUCCCGGUCCUCUUCUGGAUCAUCCAAAUGCUCUCUCAGGAACUGCAGACGGGCCUGGACGUGUACUGGCUUCAGCAGAGGGACACGUCUGGCAAUGCAGGAUUUGAGUACCUGGCACGCAUUGUGUUACUGAUAGUAGCCUUUGUUACUUUGGUCCCAGCUCUCUGUAGGUCAUUCCCUAGGUCCCCCCGUUUGGUUCUGGGAUUUUUGCUCAGUUCUUGUUAUCAUUUUGACGCCACGGGGUGAGGUCUUGCAUGGAGCCCCAGAUGGAGGGAGACUAUCAGUGGUCUUGUAUGUCUUCCAUUUCCUAAUAAUUGCUCCCACAGUUGAGUUCUUUACACCAAGCGUUUCACCUCUUGCAGAUUCAGUCUUCCCAGCCUGGUGCAGGUCUACAAUUUUGUCUCUGGUGUCCUUCGACAACUCUCUGGUCUUGGCCAUAGUGGAGUUUGGAGUGUGACUGACUGAGACUGUGGACAGGUGUCUUUUAUACUGAUAAUGAGUUAAAACAGGUGCCAUUAAUACAGGUAACGAGUGGAGCCUUGUUAGAAGAAGUUAGACCUCUUUGACAGCCAGAAAUCUUGCUUGUUUGUAGGUGACCAAAUACUCAUUUUCCACUCCAAUUUGGAAAUAAAUUAUUUAAAAAUGAAACAAUGUGAUUUUAUGUUUUUUUUCCCACAUUCCGUCUCUCAUGGUUGAGGUUUACCCAUGUUGACAAUUACAGGCCUCUCUAAUCUUUUCAAGUGGGAGAACUUGCACAAUUGGUGGUUGACUAAAUACUUAUUUCCCCCACUGUACAUCUUACAUGCAAUCAUUUGGUAAAAUACCUUAUCUAUCUGAUAUUUUUGAAGCAAACUUUGUACAACUUGUUUCUACUACCUGCAUGAGAAUGACCUGAAACAAUGCAAUACAAUCUAUUAACCGCCUAAUGUGUGGACAUUUCUUUCAGAAGCUAAUUUAUCAGCAUGUGCUAUAAAAACAUUUGUUGUUCAUUCUUUAUUUUUCUUAUUAAAAGUACAAGUACAAAUAGCCAGCAACAAAGAUUGCUAAUUGAAAAGUUAUGUUUUAGGCAUUCAUUUUAAAGUACAGUGAUCCCUCGUUUUUUUGCGGUUAAUGGGGACCAGAACCCGCCGCGAUAAGUGAAAGUCCGUCAAGUAGCGCACCCCCUCAAUUUUAUCUAUUUUUUUAUUAUUAAUUUGGUGUGUUCAAUGUAUUAAUUCAGGUUUAGCAUUGAAAAGAUACAUAUAAGACAUGUUUUUUCACUUUUUUUCCCCAAAGUAUAAUUGAAAAUAUAUAUAUGCACCAUAAUUUUUGUACUAUAAGCCGCUACUUUUGUCUUAAUUUUGAAUCCUGCGGCUUAAAGUCCAGUGCGGCUUAUUUGUUGAUUUAUUUGGGUUAAUAGGUAACAAUUUUUUUGACAGCGGCGUCAUAAGACUGUCAUAAGAUCAUCACAAUUAUGACAUGACACUGUCAUGAGCAUUAAUGAAUGCUUAUAGCAGAUGUCAUAUAGUGUUAUCCAGCGAAUUAUCUCACUUUUGAAUGGAUGUAAAAGAUCCAAGCUAGACAUAAAUGGAGUUAGUGACAUGAUUUGCCGGAUGACACUUAAUGACAUAAGCAUUCAUUAAUGCCCAUGAUAGCGGUCUAAUGACAGUCUUAUGGUGCCACUGUCAAAAAAAGUGUUACCAAAUACCAUAACUAGCAAUUAAUUAAACAACUAGAACAGUAACUGAAGACAUAAUUAGCAUAGAACAUGAAUUUUGAUUGUUAUUUACAUUUGUAGCGCUGCAGUGCAUGCUAGGAGGCAUGUUGGAUGACAACAGUGUUGACAGCAGGUGGUAGCAGAGGUUAACUGUAUCCCUUAAGGGAGCAGUGGUGGCCAAAUGAAGCUUCUUGAAGAAAUGAAGCUUUGCAGCCAAUUGUUUCAAAGCUUCCUGGUGGUUCAUAGGUUUUAUGACAGUCUUAUGAUGCCGCUGUCAAAUAAAGUGUUACUGGUUAAUAUGUUUUGGUGUAAAUAUCCCAUAAUACAGUGAGGACAGCUGGGGUUCAUAGUGCAGUGCGGCUUAUCUAUGAACAAAUGCACUUUUUAUAUCAUAUUUGAUGGGUGGCGGCUUAUAGUCAGGUGCGCCAUUUAGUCCGACAAUUACAGUAGUACAAUAAAACAUGUUUCAGACUGAGAGCUGAAGUGGAUUUUUCCUCUCAUUGGUUAGUGAAAAAACAUUGUUAAAAUUAGUGUUUAAUAUAUUUGCCAGAAGCACAAUAAAUUAAAUUACUUUGUUGUGAAAACUAAUUUAUUUUAGCACUUCAGUUCAUAGUGAAACAUUUCCCUAUUUUAUUCAACAAGUAGCUACAGCUAACAGAAACCUAAAACGUAUUACUCUAGCACAGUUGUUUUCAAACUUUUUACAUCAAAUACUACCUCAAAAAAACAACAACUUAACUCUACAAUUAACAGAUCAUCAACCAGUUUGACGAAGCCAAAAAUUUGUGAUUGUAUCUUGCCAAGUAAAUACUGUACAGCAGUGGUGUCCAAACUAUUCCACAUAGGGCCGCAGUGGGUGCAGGUUUUUGUUCAAACCCGUCAUGACGACAACCUUUCACCAAUCUGGUGUCUCACAAGUGUAAUCAGUUGAUUGCAGUCAGGUGCUGCUUGUUUUAGCACAAACUUCAUUGGUUAAACUGUCUGUGCCCGAUUGGUAGGAACAAAAAACAGGACCCACAGCGGCCCUUGAGGACAGGUUUGGACACCCAUGCUGUACAGUGAUCACUCACUACUUCGCGCUUCAAACUUCAGUCUAUUUCGGAUUCUUUUAAUUAAAAAAAAAAAAAAAAAAAAUACAGUAUUUUAUUUGAAAAUGUUUAGAUAUAUGCUUAUAUGGACUAUUUUAGUAGUCGAUUAAUCGAUAAACAAGUUCAUUCGAAUAAUCGAGUAAUUGGAUAAGGAUUAGAAGAAAUGAAAAUACCUGAGCUCGGCCUCAAACAGUAGCAAACAAUAAAUAAAUAAAUGAGGAUCUAAGUGCAACAAAAGAACAAUUGGCUAAUUUACAUAGCAAAAGUCCGCUAGCUUAAAUGCUAUAAAGUGUUAACUUUUUUUUUUAACAAUGCUCUUGACAAAUGGUUCAAACACAUAUUCCUAUAAUAAACAGCUAAAUACACCAAUAAACUAAAUAACAAAUGCAUUAAAAAAAAAACAUUAGCUCAAACAAAAACUUAGCCAAUGUUGUUCUCAAGAGGGAGCAGCUGGAUUCAGCAAUGUGAAAUGCAUUAUGUUAUAUUCACUGUCGCCACUAGAGGGCAGUGUAUCCACCCAAAACAAAAUGCGAACACUUUCAAAACAAACCAUUACAACGUCACUUUAAUUAAACAAAUACUUGAAGCACCAAAAUUUAAUUCAAAUCUUUUUCUAAUCAAAUUACUCGAGUUGAUUAAUCAUUGCAGCACUACAAUUUACAUACACAAUAUUACACAUAUAAGGCUUAUUUUUGUUGUUUUAUUUAUACUUUAGGGAAGCAUUUUUUGAGCAUUUUAAUUCAAUAGAAUAGCAUAUGACCUAAAAUGCAUUAUUCAGGAGCAGUUCUUCUCAAACUUUUCACAAAAAAAUACCUAAAAAAAAAAAAAAACACCUUUACAGGUAACAUCAUCGGCAAUAUUGAAAUACAUAAAUGUGCGAGACGGAAAUGUUUAAAGAUAAAAUUGCUGACUUCUAUUUAAUAUUCAAAGCCACAUUUUGGAACAUUAUCACUGCACUUAAUAGUACGUAGGAAAAUUAUGCGAAUGGAUUUCACUUAAAUAGUAUUAAACAUAAAAUUUAGAUGGAAAUUUUGUCUAAAUAAAUGUUGGAUAAAUAAAAUGUGAAUCUAUUGUUUUUUUUUAAUGCAUCUGCCAGCCCUAACAGUUCAAAUGAAAUGGACGUGAUGGCAUUAAUACAUGAAUUUUCUAAAAAUGUAACAUUUAAUGCAAUUUGAAUAAAGCAUUUCCUUGUUUAAUAUAUCUUAAACAUUUUUACAUUCUCAAGAUUAGUUCCUUUUUAACAGAACUGAAAUAUAUAACUAUUUUUAAUUUGACAUUCUCAUAUAUUGAUGAAGAAAGAGGUUUAAGUUCCAAUUAACACAUGAAUGCGACAUUUAAAAGAUGUAGAGUUGAAGUGAUGGCAUUUUGUGACAGUUAAUAAUUACAUUCAUUCAUUCAUCCAUUCAUUUUCCAUGCCGCUUUACACUAUGUCAAAUUUGUUUUUGUCGUGGGGAAAAACGUUUGGAUUGCAUACAAACAAGCUUGUUCACAGGUUUAGUUUUUACAUGCUGCUUAUAGCUGUUCAAAGACAUUGACUCUAGUAUUACAGAGAUAUUUAUGGUUUUUCAAUUAAUUAUAAUCAACGGUCUAUCAUAAACAGGUUCUCCGCUUAACGUGUAAAAACUACAGGAGUGCGCGGCUGCCCUCUACCGACCAGAGGAAUGAACUACGCUGGUAAGUAAUCGACACUGGAAGAUUCCGUGUUAAACAACCACACUGUUAAAAAGAAAUGACAAGCGAUACGGACGGAUAACGCCCUUUUCGGAAGUAAGUUAUAUGUACAGGAACGGUCAAGAUACGUUAAAAACCGGCGUGUGACGUCAUAACUAUAAAAUCCAUGCUACAUGCGAGUGCGCACGUGUGUUUACGUCGUUCACGUGCUCUUCACGUGUUGUACACGUACACAAAGAACGUAAUAU